AUGGAGCGCGGCCUCAGCCAGCUGGACCCCGGCUUCUCGCAGCAGGACACGCCUCGCCUGAUCGUGGAGGACUCGCAGCCCGAGAGCGCGGGCGCGGCGGGGGACGCGGAGCAGGCCUGUCUGGGCGUGCUGGCCCACCGGCUGCCGGUGCGGCGCGGCCCGAGCCCUGUGCUGGAGAUCGUCCGCGGGGCUGCCGGCAGCCGGGCAGCCGCGGGGGGCGGCGCGGCUCGGGAGCGACCCGCAGGUAAGAGCCGCGCUGUGCUUGCGGAGCCGAUGGAGGGCCCUGCCCGCCCGGACCCCGCGGGCCGCCGCGCUCAGGAGAUGCCGCCGCCCAGCGGGGAGAGCAGUGCCCUUGCUAAAGCUGGGGGCAGAGCUGAAGGUGAUGCUGAGGACCGGGCUGCCUCGCCCUGUGUGGAAGAUACAGGCAUGUCACAGCUGCAUUUUGAAGCUCUAGAGCUCUCACAAAGCCAGGACUUGGAGAGUGACUUUGUGCCCAAUGAAGGAGACACGAGGCACCAGUUUCACCCUGGAGCUGCUGUCCCUGCUUCCAGACUUGUGAAGAAUGAUACUAAGCAUGAACCGUGUGGGGACAGCAGAGAAACUGCCUCCAGUGCAGCAGCACGUGCUGCUGUGGAAGACCAGCCAGAGGACUCUGAAAGGGCUCUGCAGGACGAGGAAGAGCGUAUUGAGAAACAAAUGCCUGUCUGCAACCCCACUAAAACCGAGAAACCCCUUGAUUCUGACCAUGAGGAGCUGGAUAUCUUGUCAACCCAGGAAGAGAUGUUUCCUGAGAAUAAUGCAACAGAGAGUGGCUGUGCGAUAACCAGGGUGGAAGAGGGAAGUUCUCUGGCGUGCACCCCUGCCCGCAGCCUGCACCUCCUGCAGCUCUCUGGACAGGGAUCCCUUGUGCAGGAGACUCAUUCGACUGUCUCUUCAGGUCUAGCUAUUUCUCCUCCUGUUGCCUUUGGAUCCAGUGCUCUUGUCCCCAGCAGUCCUACUGAGCAGGAGCAAGCAAAAGCAGCUGAGCAGAUGGAUCCCCCUGUCCCCCCAGAGGGAGGAGAGCUGCAGCAGCAGGGGGGGGAUGCACUGGGGGAGACGACCAUCCCCUGCCUCCCACCAGCACCGCUGGUCCUGCCACAGGCUUCAACCCCCAUGUCCCAGAGCGCCCCGGCCUUCUCUCCUGGAUUGUUACCGGUGCCGUCACAGCCGGAGUUCUCUCACGAUAUCUUUGUUCCAACUCAGAGCCCUGAGAAGCAGCAUGAAGGAGAAGAAAAAGCUGGUGCUUUAGCCCCGUUGUGCUUAGCAGCACCUAGAGAUGCUUUGUCAAAGAUGUCCACAGGUGACUCUGUGUCAGAGCCCUCUGAGUCCUGCCAGCUGGUGCUUUCUGCGAGCGAAUGCAGCCAGGCCACAAACCCAACGGUCAGCGCAGGCUCUCUGAGUGAAACCACACAGGUAGAGAUCACUCCUGAACACAAGGACUCGGACUUGAAACUCUGUUCUGUGGAGAAUGACAACCUAAAACUCAGGCUGGAUGCAGGUGAUCAAGACCUCUCUGAAAACUCUGAAAAAGCAAACAAGGAGGACUUGCAGACUGCAGGGAAGCCUGUGAGGCAGUUAGUUGGUGCAGAUGUAGCAGGAGAUGGGUUGUUGGCUCCUACAGCUCAUCGGGAGAUCGAGAAUGUUUCUGGAAGUAAAGAUACUGCAGAUCAGUCUGCACUGCCUGGGAUUCUGCCACACACUCAAGGUAGAGAAGCACAGUCUGGAGAUAGUCCAUUGGAUGAGACUCCUGAACCUGAGGCAGUUCCUGAGACUCAGUGUGAAGAACAAGAAGAAAAACUGCAAGUAAAAGAGAAGCAAAUAAAUGAAGAUGGGUCCCUUGCUGAUACAGUGCUUUCUCAGAGGUUUAUUCUUGAAAAUGAAGUAGAGUGUCACGAAGAUAUGGAAGUGGAAUUUGCUGAUGGUUCUUGUAAAAAUAGCAAAAAUUUGUCUGAUCAGGCUCAAGAAUUAGAAAAAAUCGAACCAGAAAUCCAGGGAAAAGAAACUUCAAAAGAUUGUACUUUGGGUACUGGAGAGGCAAAGAGCCCAGAUAAACUGUCCCUCAAGGCUGCUUCGGAAACCAUGCCACAGCUCAGUGAGCGUCUGUCCAAGCCUCCUGCAGAGGAGUUGUUGGAACAGCACAACCAUUUCUUUCCAAAGUUGAAGAGAGAGGUUCCAUCAGAAGCAAUGUGUGCCAAAAAACAUCCAGGUUGUUCAGAAUUAGGACAGAUAAUGGUAACAGGGAAUCAGCCACCACUUCAAGGGAAAGGGGUUGACAUGCUGGUGACUCAGGAGGAGAAUGAGGUGCCAAACGACAGGGAGGAUGCUGUUAGGACAAGGGGUCUGGAGCAAGAAGAGCAGAUGCAGGCACAGGAGGAGGCAGCUGCUGAAUCUCCCAGUCCCUGCAGUGGAACCCCGUUUCAUUUUCCGGUGCCAAAGGAGGGGGAUGUUGUUCAGCCCUUGGCCAGCACAACGCCACCUCUUCUGGGGCAGCUGAAGAUGGGACCCCGUAGACACAGCACCCCGAUUGUGGAUGAUAGCUGCCCAGACAGCACUAUAGCGACUAGUGAUGUUACAGCAGAGGGCACAAUGGGGACCAGCAAUGUCACUGUGGAAAGUGCGAUGGUAUCAGCAGAUGUGUCAGGAGUGUGCGAGAAAGGAGACUCUCCGGUGGUUCCUGAGGCUGAUGCAAAACUCUCUCUGCGAAUGAACCUUGUUACCCCUGUGAACGAUGGGAGUGAGGAGUCCCUGCCAUUCAGCUUGGAAAAGCCUGCAGCCAGCGACAGGAAAGAUGGAUCUUCUGCUGCUGCCGGGGUUGUUGCCAGCUCCCAGAAAGCAUCAUCUGUGUUUAGUCGUGUCUGUGAAGUUCGUCGAGAGGAUGAGGCCAGAGGUCAUGCUCUUUCCGCUUCUCCAUUUAGGGGGAAUCUAUUCAGUUUUUCUGGCACACAAGAAGGUGCCGAAUUACAUAAAAAUCCCAGUGGUUGGCAGUACCAGCAACACAAGGCAGCUGACGGCGGUGAACGCGUCGUGGUUUCUUGGAGGCCACAGCAGGACUGCGAUCAACAGCCUGGUGCAGAGGAUGAGGAGUCUGUGGAGACCAGUACCCUGAGCACUCAGACAGAGGAAGGGAGAAGAAUGCAGAAGAAACUAAGUAAGGCUGUUAAGACUGAUGAAAGCCAAGAGAGGAGGGCAAACACCAGGAAUAAAGGGAUCCAAACUACAGCAGACUGUCUUUUUACCCCAACAACUGUUACAAGAGCAACACAAACCUCAGAAGAAACCUGUAGGCAGGUGGAAGUGGGAACCAGUAUGUCUGGGCAAAGACCUGGGCGGCAAGAUACUGGUGUCCAAACCGAGAGUGGGGAGAAGCUCGUGAACGCCUCUGCCGAGGACACGGACUCUCUGCACAGCCAGGGAGAGGAGGAGUUUAACAUUCUUCACCCACCCAAAGGCCGAGUCCAGCAUCGCCACACGCGAACUAUUCGUGAAGUGCGCACUGUUGUUACGCGGGUUACGACAGAUGUUUACUACAUAAAUGGUGCAGAGGUGGAACGGAAAGUAGUUGAGGAAACUGAGGGGCCUGUGGUGGAGUGCCAGGAGUCUGAGACUGACACAUCCUCCUCUAGAACUGCAGUGGGCUCCUCACUGACCUCCGGGGACCUCGGUGAUGUCAGCUCCUUCUCAUCCAAGGCCUCAAGCCUCCACCGCACGUCCAGCGGAGCCAGCAGUGGUCACUCUGCCACGCACAGCAGCAGCAGCAGCUCAGGGCGAGGAACUGGAGCUGUCAAGGGGAAAGUGUGUGGGACAGAACCUGGAGAGUUUGCUUUACCCGUUGGCAGAGGCGUCUUAGGAAAAUUAAGCCCUAGGAAAGGAGCUGGUCAGCCAGUGUCUCCAGUCCGCGCUAGCCAGUCAGGGGCGCUGCCCUGUGAGGAAGAGGAGGACUCUGUGCCUGGCGCUCGCCAGGGAGGCAGAGCAGCCGGGACACCUCGGGGGCGAGGCAGAAGAGGCCGCCCACCAUCUCGAACAGCAGCAACAAGAGAUUCAGCUGGACUGCCAGGUGUGGAGGAUCUCUCAACUACACCAUCAGCUGAGGAGAAAUCAUUUACUCAUCCAGUUCGCCUGCCAGAGGGAGGGGAGAAAUCUGACGCUUCUGGCUUCUGUGCCUUACGUAGUGACUCUCCAGAAAUCCCAUUACAAGUGGUGACUGGUCCUUCAGACGGUGCAGACUCAUCCUCUGGGAACAGCUUUGUAGGCCUUAGAGUUGUAGCAAAGUGGUCCUCAAAUGGGUACUUCUAUUCUGGGAUGAUUACCCAAGAUGUUGGGGCAGGAAAGUACAAGCUGCUCUUUGAUGAUGGAUAUGAAUGUGAUGUGCUAGGAAAAGAUAUUUUACUCUGUGAUCCCAUCCCGCUGGAGACGGAGGUGACUGCACUCUCAGAGGACGAGUACUUUAGUGCAGGUGUGGUGAAGGGGCACCGCAAGGAGUCUGGAGAGCUGUACUAUUGCAUUGAGAAGGAAGGCCAGAGGAAGUGGUAUAAACGAAUGGCUGUUAUCCUGUCUCUGGAACAAGGCAAUAAGCUCCGGGAGCAGUUUGGGCUGGGUCCUUAUGAACCUGUCACCCCUCUGACAAAAGCAGCUGACAUCAGUCUGGAUAAUCUUGUGGAGGGGAAGCGGAAGCGACGUGGUAACCUUGGUUCUCCCAGCACUUCCAGCAGCAGCACAACUCCCACUCGCAAAGGGCACGAGAGCCCACGCGUCCCACCCGGCACACUGUCUGGGAAAAGAAAACUCGUUGCUUCUGAAGAUGAGAGAUCCCCAGCUAAACGUGGUCGCAAGUCAGCAACGAUAAAGCCUGGGGCUGUCAGAGCUGAGGAGUCCGUAAGCAUCCAUGAAGGUGUAGAUGCUGUAGAUGCCCCAGUCCUGGAGGACCAGCAUGGACCCCUGCCCAACAAUAAGACCCUCUUUUUGGGCUAUGCCUUUCUCCUCACCAUGGCAACACCCAGUGACAAAUUGGUCAAUCACCAGAAGCCAUCAGAUGGUCCUGCAGGGAGCAGUGAGGAGGAAGAAGAAUUUUUAGAGAUGACUCCGUAUGACAAACAUUACAUAGCACAGCAGCUGCGAGCAGGAGCUGGCUAUAUCCUGGAAGACUUCAAUGAAACCCAGUGUAAUGCAGCAUAUCAGUGUCUCUUAAUUGCGGACCAGCAUUGUCGAACUCGGAAAUACUUGCUGUGCCUUGCCAGAGGGAUCCCUUGUGUGUCUCAUGUCUGGGUCCGUGACAGCUGUCAUGCUAACCAGCUUCAAAAUUUUCGGAAUUACCUCUUGCCAGCUGGUUAUAGCCUCCAGGAGCAAAAAUUGCUAGAAUGGCACCCACGAGAAAACCCAUUCUAUAACCUGAAGGUUCUCCUGGUGUCAGACCAGCAGCAGAACUUCUUGGAUCUGUGGUCUGAAAUCCUCAUGACGGGGGGAGCAGCAUGUGUUAAACAGCAUUGCUCAAAUGCUCACAACAAAGAUGCCUGUCUUUCCUCCUGUGCAGAUAUUGCUUUGGGUGUUUAUGACGUGGUGGUGACUGAUUUUUCCUGCCCAGCUGGUGUCUUGAAGUGUGCAGAAGCUUUACGGCUGCCUGUUGUCUCGCAAGAGUGGGUGAUCCAGAGCCUGAUUGCUGGGGAGAGAGUAGGCUACAAGCAGCAUCCAAAAUACAAACACAACUAUGUCCCCAACUGAACUGAAACUUUGCCCUGCUGUCCCACUGUUGUGCAGACUGUGUUUUAAUCAGGUUUUAAAUGUUUGUGUAAUUGGACAGUGUGCAUGGAUUACUGUAUAUAGUUUUAUCUGCUGGACUUUUAUGAUGAAAUAAACGUUCAAUUUCUUGUGGUA